AAAUUAACAAAACUUUAAAUGUCUGUAAUAUAACUUCCAAACAAAUGUUUCUUUGAGAUAACGCUUAUGUCAUUGUGUUCUACUGAAAAAAUUUUGUUUUAUUUCCAUCUCGACCUUCUAACUCAUUGAUUGCCGUCCUUCACAGUUAUUGAAAAUUUUAUAAUGGCUUUAGUAGAUUUAUAGGUGUAAUAUAAAUGUAAUAAGUGUCCUGAUACUUUUUGAACACCCUGUAUGUUGCAACAAGUGACCAACAUACCGUGACUUUACAUUACAUUAUCCGUGACUUUCCUGAGAGGCUAACAAAUGACUCUUGAAGCAUACUUGUGACAGUUUAGCCACUAUUUCUUAUCACUCAAAAUGAUAAGGUCGUGGCUCGUAAGAACAUUUCAUACCCAGUUUUGCCGUUCCACAGUUACAUCAUUAAGUUCCAAAUGAAGACGACAGUAAAGUUAAUUGUAACGGCCGCCUGUACUCUGAGCUCACUAGUACACUCUGGCAAACAGCAAUGUCGCACAUUACCUCAUGGCUUGCUUAACCCUUAUUGUAAAGAGCCUCUCAGCGUCACUGAACCCAGCAGUAAUCAGCAGUCUACUACCACUCGGCAAGACACUACCACUCAGCAGUCCACUACCACUCAGCAAGACACUAUCACUCAGCAAGACACUACCACUCAGCAGUCCACUACCACUCAGCAAGAUACUACCACUCAAGAUCAAUCCGUGUUAGACUGUUGCGCAGGACCAGUCAUCAACAUGUCACGUAGAAGUUAUGCAAGUUGCAGCAGGAAAGUCACAUCUCUGACUGUGAUAAACACUGCUGAAUGCAGACAACAGCCCACUUGCGAUCUGAAGGCCAAGUACCGCACUGUUGAUGGCUCUUGUUCCAAUCUGCAGCAUCCUUCUUGGGGCCAGGCCGGUACCCCGUUCACCCGGCUCCUUCCGGCCAACUACCAGGACGGUAAGAGUAAACCAAGACUGAGUGUAACCGGUCGGCCACUACCCAACGAAAGGCACCUCAGCACAACUUUCUUCCCAGAUCGCAAUGUCCCAGACACUGUAAACACUCUGAAUCUUAUGUUGUGGGGACAGCUCAUAGCUCAUGACUUCACUCAUAUUACAUUCUCUAAAUCAGGUUCAUCUUCAUGUUGUACCUCUGACAAUCAACUGCUGCCAACCAACAACUUGAGUGAUAGUUGUUACCCAAUACAAAUAUAUCCAACCGACUACUUCUACAGUCAGUUCAAUAUAACCUGUCUCAGCAUCAAAAGAGCUGCCCCUUUUGACUCUGGCACUUGCCCUGGUAGUCCUACAGAACAGGCUAAUAUUGUCACACAUGUGAUAGAUGCAAGCAUGGUGUAUGGUAGUGAUAUAGAUACAGCCAACCGUCUCCGUUCAUUUACCAAUGGAAAGCUAUUUGUCAAGACAACCUCAGACGGUCGAGAUUUUCUUCCCGACACAGCAAAUCCUUUUUUUCCUUGUAAUAAUAAUGCAUCAGAACAUACAUGUUACGAUGCAGGGGAUGACAGAGUGAACCAGAACAGUGGCCUGACAGUUCUUCAGAUAUCACUUCUGAGACUUCACAACUUCCUGUGUGAUGAGCUGAUAAAGAUCAACCCUCACUGGGACGAUGAGACUUUGUACCAGGAGUCUCGCAGGAUCAUGGGUGCUUUCUUGAACCAUGUCACCUACAAGCACAUUUUACCUAUACUAUUGGGGAAGGAGUAUAUGUAUGAGAAAGGACUAUCGGUGGAGAACUGCUGUGACUGCUGCAUCAACUAUCACAACCCUGACAUCAACCCCUCCACAAUAACAGAAUUUGCUGGUGCUGCUUAUCGCUCCUUCCAUUCUUUAAUACCACGAAUUAUUGUACUUGUAAGUAGCAACUACGAGGCUGAGAGCUAUGUACGUUUUGAUGACACCUAUUUCAAACCCUCCUUCCUCCAGGAUGCUGGAGUGGUAGACAAAUGUAUGAGGGGAUUCGUGAACCAGCCACAACAGUCCCAAGAUCUUUUCUUCACCCAGGCGAUAACAAACUUGUUAUUUAAAUUCAACAACUCGUGGGGUUUAGAUUUGGAGACCCUUGAUGUGCAUCGAGGUCUUGAUCUGGGGCUGCCGACUUACAACGACAUGCGAUAUCUUUGUGGUUUACAGAGAGCCAAACAGUUCAGUGACUUCAGAGAUGUCAUGAGUAAAGAAGCAGUCAAGAAGUUGGAAUUAAACUACAUAUCUGUUGAGGAUGUUCAUUUAUUUGUUGGAGGUAUGCUGGAGGACCUUAUACCAGGUACUUUGGUUGGACCAACAUUCCAGUGUAUCAUUGGAGAACAGUUCUACCACUACAUGAGAGGUGACAGAUUCUAUUACGAGAAUUGUGGACUUCCUUGGUCUUUCACUCACAAUCAACUUAACGAAGUUUACAAAAUGUCCGUGGCUUGGAUGUAUUGUGUUACUGGAGAUGAUAUACAAACUAUCCAACACGAAACUUUCCAGAAACCUUCUGAACAGAAUCCAAUAGUUCCCUGUAGCCAGAUCCUAUCUCCAAACUUCGACGCAUGGAAAGAAUAACAUAAAAUUAAGAUACUGUCAAAUUACCUAAUGCCUUUCCAUAACUAAUAAAAUUUGUAUCACUUGAAA